UUAACUGGGGCACUGACACUUAUGACUGCGGCUAGUGACAGCGGGUUGCUGUCGUAUCUAUAUCCGAGGUCAUUUUUUUAAUGGAGGGCGCCGUUCGGUAUCUCAGCAAAGAUGUCUGUGACAUUUAUGUGGCUGUUCCUACAGCAGGUUAGAUGUGUUCAUCACAUAUCGAGUUGUUAGCUAUCGCACCGUCAGGUGACAAGACGUGCGCUGAGCAAAAACCGAGAAGCGCAGCCAGCAGCCAGCUACCUGUCGAAGAGGUCCGAAUGAUCAUCAUUUGAAGAGAGGUGCCCGAUCAAAGGCGUAGCCGAUUACUUCGAGCCGAGCCCUCUACGUUAUCAGCGCAGAACCUGCUUUUACGGAGGUUAUUUCUGACAUGCAGCAGAAGUUGUGCACCCGAAACACGACCCUGUUUGUGGAGAAUGGCCAGGCCUGUGGUGCGGGGGCACCGUCUCAGCUCCCAUUUCGUUGCCCUCGGUGCGGAGAGCAUGAGCGGUUCCACAGUCUUGCUGCGCUGAGGGCCCACCUGGAGUACAGCCACACAUACCAUACACACCCCAGGCAUGACCUCAGCCUACCAAACAGCAGGGGCCACUCAUACCCUGACUGUGCGGAGGAUGGCAAGAGGGCCAUCGCCGAGACCCAGACAACAAAAGAUGCAGGCACCGACACUCACUCUCUUGGGAGGGGGGAGCACAAACUCCCAUUCAGCUCUGAACCCCCUCCACCUGAACAGUGUCAAGAGGGACCUCUGUCUCCAGAAAAGAGUGCGGCUUGUGGGGAGACGCCUGUUGGCACUGAGCUCCUCUCUGCACCGGUGGCCUCGGUGGGGCAGAGACUGGAAGGCAUGAUGAGGACGGCCAAUAGUAGCAUGGAACGGCGGCUGUUGCGGCUCAGUUCCGAGCUGGCACAGACGGACACGGCACUGCUGUGUGAGCGAGCUCACUCGCACCACCUGGCCCAGGAGCGGCAGGAAGUGCUAGAGCGCGAGCGGGCACUUAGCAGGCAGGUGGACGCCGCCGUCAUGGUCAUCGCCACACUGAAGCAGCAGCUCAGCAUGUCUGAACAUGAGCUGGAGCGCAGAAAACAGGAAGUGAUCACUAUCCAGAAAUUUCUGGAAGCAGCAGCACAGCAUGAAAUGUGUGGGAAAGUGCGUUUGCGACGGUUCAUCGAGAGCCUCCUGCGACGCAUCGCUCUGGCUGAAAGACUGCUGGAGUACUACCAGAGCACUCCACACCAGCACUACUGCACGGCUCACCCUAGCCCUCCUUCAGCUGAUGUUGGUCCCCAAAGAAUAACCAAAAGCAGGUCUACAGGAGAGCAGCUGGUCCAUGAUGAAGAGCAGGCACACGAGUGUCAUUCUGGGUGGGGAGCAUCUAGAGCAUCUGGGGAGAGACUGGGUCAUCAGGGCUGGCUCCAGCGCAGCAGGAUAACGUGGGAAGGCAGGCCUGCGGAGCAAGCCCCAGGCUGGGCUUGAGUGGAAGAAGCCCCAGCUUGGGCGGAGGUUAGCCAGUUAGCUAGCUAGCUAAAGUAAAGUGAGAAAGCUAACAUUAUUUUGCUAAAGCUUGUUAGUGACAAUAAACUGUUCGACAAGCUGUUUGUACAUAAUGAUGUUUAAAGUCACUCGUUUAGUGUGUGUUAGCUUGCUAACUAGCUAACACGGUUGAGGAUGUAGCUAACCCUAACUUUAACCCCUUUUAUUUUGAAAGGAGCAAUACUAGCUGAUGUGAUUAUGGAUGCUAUCCUUACCCAUAACCCUGACCUUAAAACCUUUUAUUUUGAAUAAGAUUUAGCAGCAAUGUAAAUACGCCCAAUUUGAAAGUGCUUCUUCCACCCUGCCUGGGGCUUCACAUCAUUGGUCUGUGUGGAUGCAGGUAGAUACUACUGAGAUAGUCUUGGUAUCUUUGUUACCUUUAUUGGCUUAAAAUAGCGUUUAAGUCUGGACCCUGUAGGCUCUAGUGGUGUUCAACUAUGGCAUGUUAGUGUUUUGAUAGUCAGUAAAUUCACUCUGUGGAAUGUUAUAAGACUCCAUCUCUAGUGCUGCGAGAGCACAUCAACGACAUUAUGGACACAUGAUGAAACUGCCCUUUAAAUCUGUUACACAUAGCUACUUCAGUUAGCAGUUUACAUUCUACAGAAACAUAAACUGAUUCAAAUCGUCCAAGAACUGAAUACUUCAUAUCUAACCAAUACUUGCAUCUUAGCAGUAUGAAUGUACUGUAAAAUAUCAGAAACACAACCAGCUCUGUCAAAAUAGGUCAAAAUCUGUAGUACUUUCAGCUUGCGGUUUGUGUUUGAUUAUGUGUUAGCAGAAAACACUGUUUUGCUUAGAAAAAAAAUCAAAUAUUGUAUUUAUUUGUCUCCAGUAUUUACUUUGGUGUCUUUUUGAAGGUGCUGUUGCACAGUAUGAAUGUCUAAGAUAAUAUCUGAACGCAUUAAUGCACAUAACCUAUAUUUUAGUGGUGCUAUUGCCUGGGGAUGUCUACAAGCAUCUCAAUGUAGUCAACAUUCUGUGAAAUGCCUCCUAACAGUAGCCAGCCUUAUACAAAAUUCCAGUUAAAGGGUAAAAAAAUCUUUGAUUGGCAAUAUUAGCUCAACUUUCUUUUCAUAUUAGAAGAAGUAGGUAUUUGGCUUGUAUUUUCACUGAUGCUUGACUGGGAUUCAUCUCCCAUAGCCUGAUGAUUAUUCAUUUUACAUGGCAUUUUGAGGUGAGUGGGCAUCAAAGCUAAAAUCAUCAGUGGGUGUAACUAGAGCAAUAGCACGUAUUGUCUUAAGCUCCAUUUUGGCAAAUCUAUGUAGCAGUUUUAAAGAUGAUAUAGUAGCCUGUAUCUGUUACAGCAGUUUGGUUUGAGCUUUACAAACCUAAAAUGGAUGUUGAUUUUAGCAUUUUCCAAAGUAUCAAAUAAUUUGCAUCUUAUUUCUUAAUUAUUACUCAAAAAACUUAUCAUUUUGCAGGUUACCAAUUCUCUUUACAUAUUCAGUUUUAUUAAAUGGUCAUUCAAUUCUAAACUUUGUGCUGUUUGUGGCUUACAGUUUAAAUGGAGGUGCAGCCCUAGAACAGUUUUCUCACCAUCAACCAUUCGUGUAAUCUAAACUAGGGCUGCACUAAAGUGACUUUAUAAUUGACCAUUUAGACUGGGAUUAUGUUGAGCAUUGCUAUGACCGCAUUUAAAAUUGCAGGAUUAGUCUUUAGUACAUUUCAGUACUUCAGUACUAACUGAGAAGGAGCAUGCAUACAAACUUGAUUCAGUCAAGUUCAUAUCUGAUGAGGAAUACUGAUCAUACCUAGUUAGUUGAUUGUGAUGUAGCAGACAUGUUUAUGGAAUGUGGCCUUUCACAAUGUGCUGCAAAGCAAACAUACAUGAUUGUGCAACUUCAGACUGAAAAUGAAGAGUGGUAGUGCUCUUUGACUGUAGCUCAGUACUGAAAAACAAAAUAUUAACACUGGUUAAAGUCCUGCUUACUGGAUUAAGAUUAGGGCUGCAUGAUAUGGAUAACAUAUUAGUGUUUUUAUCGUAUUGCUACAUAUUGCGAUACACCUAUAUAACAAUAUAUUAGUCCCCCAAAUGUCAUAAAUUAAAACACAACAAAAUCAUAUAUCCUGAAUAAUAAAUGGUCUUGUAUUUUAAUGUCUUAUUGUUAUGGUCAGUAAACUACUAAAAAUGGAAUAGGAGUGCUCCUAAACCUCAACACUCAUUAAGAAUGCCAAGAUCUAGGAACAUAAAUGAUUAUACAAAUUGUAAACACCCCCUUGCUGCUCCCUUUCUACACCCCCCCCCCCACCCCCACACACAAACACACACACUACCCUGCACACUGUCUCUGUGUUUGAAUCAGAGUAUGUGAAUGGUUGGAGAAUCCUCUGACUAAAGCGUUUCUCUCAUGCAGGCUCAGGUUUCUGUUGUUAACAGUUCGGUUACAAGUAUCAGCACACAAGCACCCAACAAUUAAGAUGUAUAUAUUAUAUAUAUAAAAUUAUAUUUUUAUUUAUUAUUAUUUAUAUAUUAUGUUAGGAUGCUUAAGCAUGUAAUGUAUUGUCUGUUUAUACUUUGCCGAAAUUUCUAUCCAUAAGACACUCAAAACAUCAGAGGCCACAGGAUUUAGGUGGAUACUGGAAAUUCUCACUGAACGCAACAAAGUUCUACAGAAAUCAUGCCAAGUUGUAAGUCUUGUGUCGUCCAUUUUUCUGCGUAAAUAGUAAAUCAGAUUAUGUUAAGAGCAUGUGUAUUUGUUUACCCUCACCAGUUUUCUGGUUUGUGAUUUUGCCAUUUUUUCAAACAUAUACUUACUGAAAAUUAUAUAAUUGUACUAUAUAAUUAAUACAGUUCAAUAAACUAUAUAAGUUAUAUGUUCAAGACAUAAAAUAAAUAUCAUAACAAUGAAUUAUAAGGAGUGGACAUGGAGCUGGUUUUCUCUGUGUGAGUGGAAAGCAAGCAAAUAGAAAACUGGAGUCGGAGCUCAGUGAUUACAGAAUGCUUUGAGAGAGGAGCAGAAAUGUCUGCCGCUCCACUCCACUCAUAUACUCUGGUUUGAACAGAUGUGGCAGAGCAGAAUCAAAGCACCCACUGUAAUAUUAAUAAUCAGAAAGAUUCUGUCGCUCUGGCACCUAUACCUCAUUUUAAUCCUCUAAACCAAAGAUCUUUGAAUCUGGACCUUGAAUUUAGUUUCCAUUCAAGGAUUUUGUUAUCACUGGGAGUUAACAAAACUCUUGAUGUAACUGAUUGGCCACCUAGUGUCACACGUACCAGUGAAGGUCCAGAUUUGGAGACCUCUGCUCUAAAUUUGCCUCUGUGCAGCAUCAGUGAGCUGAAAUUUCUGGAAGAUUAGCUUUCUUGCUAAGCUAAUGUUAGCUGCUGAUGCUGACUAGGAUGUUAAUUAAAAGUAGCUUAAGCCCCACACACACACACACAAAAACACAGCCCUGUCCUGACUUCACUUCCCAAGGACCCUUGAGCAGAGUUAGUAAGUUAGCACGUUUUCAUUAUACAAGCCAUUACAGUUAACUGUAAAAUGCAUCAUUGAUUUUAAUUCAACUGUGUGCUAGCUUUGUUGCAUUUAUUUACAAAUAUAUUCCCAAAAAGUCAGGUACAUGCGUAUCUAACUAUGCCUUUUGAGGUUCCUCCCAGAGUUGUUGACAGCUCUGAUAUGUAUGAUGCAUCCAAUAACACUGCAAAAAUGUGACAGUAAACCAAGGGAAGCAAGAUGAGGAUGGGGACAGAGAUUCUCUAAUAUAACGCAUAUUUUCGCAUAUUUUAGUAUAUUGGACCAUCAUACGUUCAAGCUCCUUUGUGAAACACAAAUGACUUUUUUUUGGAUGUUCUGAGAAAGACUGUGUUUUGACACAAAGGUGAAACAUGUGAACUCUGUGCUAUGGUAACACGUUUGAUACAAAAAUAUAGAUCAGUCUAUAUUACCAUUAUAAACCAUCCAAGACAUUUUUUGAGUGCAGUGGGUCUUUAAACAGUCACACAUCAGUAAUGUGAUCUAGUUAAAGAUUGGCCUGCAUUAUAUUCACCAAUAAUUAACUUGUUGGGUUACAUGAAUAUAUGGCAACAUGUUCUGGAUUUUUUUCAAAUUCAAGUGCAAAGUGUGUAUUUGUAUAAAUGAACAAACAAACAAAAAAAACUUAUCGUCAAGCUGUGGCCAGUAAAAACACCACUUAAUUAGAAUUCUCAAAUUUGCAUUUGAAUUUGAAAAGAAAUCCAGAUUAUGCUGCCAUAUGAAUACAAAACACCCACAGAAAAAAUAAUCUUGAACUGUAGUCAAGAUGCUAACAGCAUACUGUGUUUGAUUAAAGGCUCAUAUGCAGGUUGCAGUUUUCUGUGCCAUUAGUAUUGCAAAGGCCAAUAUAAUAAUAUUAAACUAUAUAUUGUGCAGCCCUAAUUCAUGUUGUUGAAAGGAGACAGAUUAUUUGAUCCAUUAUGAGGUAUAUUGUUAACACUGACACAAAACUUAAGCAAAUGAAUUAAAAGCCAACCCCCAAAUUAGCUGGCAAGAUAAAAGUGCCACUACAAUAAAGUGACAUCUUCCAGUAUAAAUGCGUAUAUGUUAGUAGAAGACAUGAGUGGAUGAUGUAUCCGUAGGUCUGUAGUGUUAUGCGUUGUGGUUCAAUUGUUAUCAGCUACACCAUCUCAGCUCUAUACUGACAGUUUUACAUUCUUGUUCUGUUCUUUGUGGUUCCCUCAAGUUGUUUUAUGAGAUUCGCUGAACAUAUAAGCUCUCUUCUGUGAUGGGCCCAAAGAAGAGACCCGUAUAAUAGUGUUGGGAGAGCAUGGGGUCGGCCAUUGUAUAUUGUGAGUGAGCAUGCUGUAGAUGUUCUGUAACUAGUGCAAUAUGUGAAAAUCUAUUUUUUAAGAGAUGACUGAGCAGUGUUGUGAAGAAGAGGUCCAGGAUAUCUGGAGGGCAUUGUGCAAUCAUUCGUGUACAGUAUAAGUAAAAUGAAGGUAUACUUUGAAGGACAAUCAAAAAGUUAGACAAAUCCGAAUAAGUUGUCGUUUGAUUUAUGUAUUAUUGUUUGACAUGCCCUGAUAUAAGCCGGUCUGAUUUGACUUUACCGCUUUUGAAUGUGCCAUGCUAGUUUCUGUUUGAAAUGUCAAGCUUUGUUUUUGCUAGGUUACAUAGCCAACUUGUGUGUGCCUUUCUCUUUGGAUCUCAUCGUCGCUAUUACACAUGCAACACUGUGAGGUCUUGCAGGAUCUGUGCUGCUCUGUGUGACCUUCUGACAAAUAAAAUUGUGAUUAUUAUUGUUAUUAAAAGUAUUGACAUGUCAUUGCUAUCUAUAUACAUAUACAUAUAUAUAUAUAUAUAUAUAUAUAUUACCCAGCACUGUGGCAAUUACAGUUUGUUUAUUAAAAUAUGAAUAUCCUGCUACCAGA